AUGGGUUUGCGAGUACCUGAACUUCAAAUGGCGACUUCCCAGACCAAGCCACCUAAAGUGAUUCGGUUUAGUGGUUCAAAUUCAGACGAUGAUUCAGAUAGUCUAAACAAUUCAACUGGUCCUCGAAAAAAGAAACCUCGACAUUUGAAGAAUGAUUCUAACAAGCAAAUCAGACAAGCAAAAGCCGACGCAUUGGCAUUGGUACAGCAAGCAUUGCCAGUUUACGCAGGUAAGGAAGCCAUCCUCAAAGAGAUUCACGAGAACGAUACAAUUGUAGUCCUGGGUGAAACAGGAUGCGGGAAGACGACUCAGAUCCCACAAUAUAUCCUAGGACACGGAUAUCGCGAACUCACGAACAUGAAACGGAAGAUCAGAGUUGUCGUGACACAGCCUAGAAGGGUUGCUGCUAUUUCGCUGGCUACCAGAGUUUCAGAAGAGAUGGGAUGUGAAUUAGGAAGUCAAGUGGGAUACACUGUGAGGUUCGACGAUUGCAGUAACUCAGCGACAGCUUUAAAAUACGUCACAGAUGGUACACUAUUGCAAGAAUUAUUAUCUGAUGAACUUUUGUCUACAUACGAUGUCGUUAUCCUGGAUGAAGUUCAUGAACGCUCGCUAAGGACUGAUAUGCUUAUGGGGUUUAUGAAGAGUAUACAAAGCACGCGUAAGGAAAUGGCUGAAAGGAAGUUGAAUUUUCCCACCAAAGGCAAUGGUGCCGGAGCAGGCUGCCCUGCACGCCCAUUGAAGAUCAUCGUCAUGAGUGCUACAUUGGACGCCCAGCGCGCAAAAGUCAUAUACAUCCAGGGCCGACAACAUCCAGUAACGAUUUACUUUAGCAAAGAGCCACAAACUGAUUAUAUCGAAGCUGCCGUGAAAACUUCGCUACAGAUACACAAAAAUCAGCCACCGGGAGACGUCCUUGUCUUCCUUGCAGGUCAGGAAGAUAUCGAGAGUAUGCAAUCCCAGCUGAUGCUUUAUGCGAAGGACCUUUUGCCUUCGAUGACACAGAUAAUGAUAUGCCCACUUUAUGCCAAACUACCAACCGCACAGCAACAGCAAGUUUUUGUCAAAACCCCACCUCAUACACGUAAAUUUAUCCUAGCCACAAACGUUGCUGAGACUUCAAUCACCAUUCCUGGGGUCUCCUACGUCAUUGACGCCGGAAUUGCAAAAAUCAAACGACAUCACAGCCUUGCUGGCGUGGAAGAAUUACGAGCAGAACCCAUCAGUCAAUCUUCGGCUGAUCAGAGGAGUGGACGUGCAGGACGAGAGUCGCCUGGAAAAUGUUGGCGUUUGUAUCCGGAGGAGCAAUUUGAAACGUUUGCGAAAAUCACUGAGCCAGAAAUCAAACGGUGUAGCUUAUCCUUUGCUGUCUUGCAUCUCCUAGCAAGCGGGGUGUCAGACGUAUUCAAAUUUGAUUUCAUGGAUCCGCCAGACACCGGUGAUCUGAAGUUUGCUCUCCUACAUCUAGUCUUUCUGGGUGCUGUCAAUUCCACAGGAAAACUAUCGGCUCUGGGACGUCAAAUGGCGAAACUUCCUUUAGAUCCCCCUCAGGCUAGGUGCUUGCUGGCUUCAUUCGAAAAUGAAUGCGCACAAGAUAUGAUAGAUCUCCUAGCGUUACUUGAACAUCAUGAUACCUUAUUAAUCAACACUUCGGCAACACGUGAGCAGGCGCAAGAAGUCCGCAGAAGAUUUUUGCAUCGCGAUGGCGAUCAUAUUUUUCUGUUAAAUAUACUUCGCAGUUUUGAGAGCUUAUUGAGUGAUAGUGGUACUGAACAAAAUCGCGGCGAGAUCAAAGCAUGGUGUCGAACUCAUCACAUCAAUUAUAAAUCCAUGACUAAUGUUCUCAAAUCUCGUCAGCAACUUAGAGAACGGUGUAAACGCGCCGACUUAGAUUGGUCAAAAUCUACUAGUGAUUACAAUCGAUCAAAUAACGGAGAAGGGAACUCUGAACCGCUCUUGACUAGUCUGCUCACAGGCUUAUCUACUAACAUCGCCGUCAGACAGCAAGACCGGACUUACCUAAACCCCGUAACCAAGAUCAAAAUCAAGAUUCACCCUUCUUCUAGUCUUCACGGUAAAGCAGUAGAAGCUUUCAUUUACCAUGAACUUUUAUAUCAAGCCCAGCUGGAUCAGGGAUAA